UCCACCUGCCUCAGCCCUGUUGUUGCUCAGGUCCGGUGUGUGUCAGUAGCCUCUCUGCUCUCCUCCCUGCUGUAACCUGUAACUCAUGGAGGCAGAGCGCUGACACACACUAAGGAGCGUGGAGGAAAGAACACAGGGCACCACAUCUGAUUGGAUGGUUUAGUCAGAAUGACAGCCGAAGAUCCCGCCUCCUCCUCUUCAGCCAUGAGUAAUAACCCAGCACCUCCCGGUUCCAACCCCCCAGGCCCUUCCCAUCACUCCCCGCAUGGACCAAUCACAGUGCCCGAGGGUGUGUCCGGGGCCCACAACGAAGCGGCCCUAGUGUCUCUGAUGGAGCGUACGGGGUACGGCAUGGUGCAGGAGAACGGUCAGAGAAAAUACGGCCCCCCGCCGGGCUGGGAAUCCGCCUCCCCGCCACGCGGCUGUGAGAUCUUCGUGGGUAAGAUCCCCCGGGACGUCUACGAAGACGAGCUGGUCCCGGUGUUCGAGUCGGCGGGUCAGAUCUACGAGAUGCGUCUGAUGAUGGACUUUGAUGGGAAGAACCGCGGCUACGCCUUCGUCAUGUACACACAGAAACACCAGGCUAAACGCGCCGUGCGGGAGCUCAACAACUACGAGGUGCGCCCCGGACGCCUCCUAGGGGUCUGCUGCUCUGUGGACAACUGUCGCCUCUUCAUCGGGGGCAUCCCCAAAACCAAGAAGAGAGAGGAGAUCCUGGAGGAGGUGUCCAAGGUGACGGAGGGCGUCCUGGACGUCAUAGUGUACGCCAGCGCUGCGGACAAGAUGAAGAACCGGGGCUUUGCCUUCGUGGAGUAUGAGAGUCACCGUGCCGCGGCCAUGGCGCGCAGGAAGCUGAUGCCCGGCAGGAUCCAGCUGUGGGGGCACCAGAUCGCCGUGGACUGGGCGGAACCGGAGAUAGACGUGGACGAGGACGUCAUGGAGACCGUGAAGAUUCUAUACGUCAGGAACCUGAUGAUGGAGACCAGCGAGGACACACUGAGACAGGUGUUUGGCCAGUGGAACCAGGGCUGCGUGGAACGUGUCAAGAAGAUCCGCGACUACGCCUUCGUCCACUUCUCGUCCCGUGACGAUGCCGUGGUUGCCAUGGACCACCUGAACGGGACGGAGGUGGAAGGGUCCUGUAUCGAGGUCACCCUGGCUAAGCCUGUCGACAAAGAGCAGUACACGCGUUACCAGAAGGCAUCAAAAGGGGGCGCUACAGCGGCCGCGGCCGUGGCAGCUCCGGAACCAGUCCAGCAGAACUACGUGUACCAGUGUGACCCCUACACCCUCACCUACUAUGGGUACCCUUACAACACGCUGAUCGGACCCAACAGGGACUACUUCAUCAAAGGAGGCCCAAUGAUACAGACCAAUGCAGGUGCUGUGCGAGGUCGUGGCCGAGCGACGGCAGGUAGCCGUGCCCCCGGCCCACGGGGGUCAUACCUGGGUGGUUACUCUGCUGGGCGGGGUAUCUACAGCCGGUACCAUGAGGGCAAAGCCAAGGGCCCCGACAACAAGGCCUACGAGCUGGUACCCUCUAUGGAGCUGACUGCCUCAGUCAACCCGUUGGGCAUCAAGCCUUGCACAAUGGGCCUGCAGGCCCUAGGAGGCCAGUACCCAAUGUUCCAGGCCCCUCCACCCUACCAGGUACACACACAGCCCAGAACACACAGACUGUUAUACCUGCUGUCUCCUCCCCUCCACCCUACCAGGUACACACACACAGCCCAGAACACACAGACUGUUAUACCUGCUGUCUCCUCCCCUCCACCCUACCAGGGUCGUCCCAUCACACCAGUGUACGCCAUGACCCACAACAUGCAGCGUAUCCCCACGGCCAGUGGUCUGUACGGAGCAGGCUAUAUGCCCAUCACCAACUACAACGCUGCUGCCCUGGCAGCCCUGCAGAAGAACGCAGCCGUGGCCGCUGCAGCCUACGGAGGGUACGCGGGUUACGCCGUGCCCCAGGCCUUCCCUGCCGCAGCAUUUCAGGUGCCCAUCCACGAUGUCUACCAGACCUACUGACAACAGAUACCAGCUACUAGACCUACUGACAACAUCUACCAGACCUACUGACAACAGCUACCAGCUACUAGACCUACUGACAACAUCUACCAGACCUACUGACAACAGAUACCAGCUACCAGACCUACUGAC